AUGAGGCUGUCGUCGCAGUUAAUUUGCUCGAUUUUCCUAGCCUCUAGCUCUCUCUUUAAGGAAGCUUAUGGAAGAGAACUUAUCGGUUAUCUACUUGCUACUGGAGGGGAAGCCGAGUAUAUCAAUGGUGAAGAAAAGCCUCCUAAAGAUGAGAAUUUCUAUAAAGGAUUUAUGAAAAAACUAGGAUUAGGCAUUCACAUCGUCAAUAAACCUGCUACCUGGUGGGACGGCAGAAGAGCAUAUUAUUGCGCUUUCGAAGCGGAUCUUGAAAAGAUGAAAAAAUUGGGCAGAGUAUGGAUCCCACCUAAAAACUAUCAGAGUGGUCAGUCAUUAUGGUACGCCAACGAAAAAACUAUCAUGGAUUAUAUCAAGUCAGUGGUGUCAGAUGACGCGGAUGAGGCAUUGCGCUUUUCAUACAGUGGUAUUUCGGAUGACCCUGAGGACAUUCAAAUGCUUAUUCCAAUUAAAUCGCUCAAUAAAGAUGACUUGGAUCUGUGGGGUCAUUGCUGGGGAACAAGGGCCGAGCUUGAUCAACAGUAUGAGAGCCAAACCGUCAAUUGGGAGAGUUGGGGGGAUUUUGCUGGAGAUCCUGGACCGAGACCAAGAAAGGCAAGGCCGGAUAGAACCUGGGAUCGGGUGGAGUUCGAGGCAUCUCAUUGGACAUUGGACCAGAACGGAACUACCCUCCGAGGAGACGAUGGACUCGGUACUAAAGUUGGACUUCCGAAGCCACACCACAGCCGAGUUCGACGUUUCGAAGAUACUACAAGCAAGAUGCCUCACAUAAACGGCCGCAAGUACUCCUGCGAGCCGUGCAUCCGUGGUCACAGAGCAACAUCGUGCGCCCAUACAGACCGAAUCCUUGUCGCAGUCAGGAAACCCGGGAGACCGCUUGAAAGUUGCGGGCACAAUCUCAACACUUCUGUCUCCAAUCCUCCUUCACUCGACCAGUUCGGAUCAGGACAAAAGCCCAAUCACAUAGUGACCACUCCUCCAGCUCCUACCCUCAGAAUAGUCAGCUCGUUCAAAGCCCAACAGCGGACCAAGAGCCAAUCCCGCAUCACCAAGCGGCCAAAGAAACGAAGCGAGAAGCCUCUGACUUCUCCUCCUAGCAGAACCUCGAUAGAAGCGUCGAGCCUGGGCAGCAGCAAAGCUUCAGCAACUCGCACCGAAUCCCAAAUCCAAGCCGCUGCUCCAACCAUCGGGCCCUCUCAACAGCAGUACACCUUGCCGCCUCUUGUACAGCCCCAGAUUUCCUACCAGCCCAUGCCGUACUGUCUCCCCACUCCACAGCCAUACCAGGUGAUGCAUCCGUUGUCUCCUACACAAGGAGGCUACCUGAACUACCAGCGACCAGCGCACAUGUACUGUGAUUCUCUCAGAACGCAUGGUCCGCGCGAGCAAUCACGACGUUCAGACACCUACGCUGGCAAGAUCGAAGAUGUCUCCACGGGGCGUGACGCACACACGCAGUACACCCCUAACAACUCGUCGGUACGAUCGCCGUAUCUUCGCGCGACGCAGGAUACCCCCUGGAGAGCCACCGCGCGGCACGCGCCAUCUUCCCCCUCCGGAAUCGACGUUGCACUACACAUCGUUUCUGCAGGAAGAAGAGCCCCGAAAACUAGUACCGCGUACAGUGCUCGCAACAGCGAUGUGUCGGAUCGCAAAUGUAGCAGAUGUGCGAGACCGUCUCCUGCAGGCAUCGACAACAUCUCCCGUACAUCAGCGGCUCGGGCUUCUCCGACACCUGUCCCGAUCCUGGUUCCAGCACUCUGGCGGGCGGAGCUCGGAUUCGAAUCCGAGGAGGACCCCGUGCUCGACAUUUUCCCUUCGAUAUCGGGUGGGAUGCGCGCGAGCUUCGAAAAGUGCCUUUUUUUCCCCCGAGUUGUCGGCUGGGAGAAAGCUAGACGGAAUUAUCUUGUUCGUCAGGCGGACGUGUGUGUGAGAUGA